GGUCCAAGGAUUUUCUUCUAUUUACAGAUGACCUGAAAGGACUUGUCAUUGGAUGCAAUAUUUCUACCAAGCAGUUGCCAUCUGUUGUUUUUCCACUAGUUUGGAAAAUGAUGUUAGAGUUAACUAUCUAUAUAUGAUUCUCAUUCAACCUUAAUUGACCGCGAGUGAAAUUCGAAGACUGAUUCACUUUGAUAAAUUCUUUGGGAUGUUUGACUUAUUGAGACGCAAAGCAGGAAGAAUGGCGAUAGGGACAUUCCGUAGCAACGUGUGGGACCCGGUGUUGAUCAUUUGCCAAAUUGUCAGCAUGCAGUGCCAGUACAUUGUCACCCUUGGAAUCUGGGUCCACCUCCUCAACGUCCUCUGCGGAUACAACACAACUAUUGAUCAACUUUUUACACAGGCUGAUAAAGGCUUGUUCACAGAAGGACCAGGAAAAGCGAAUACAAUGGCAUAUGCUUUAAACUGUUUGACAAGUGCGCUGGGACUAUGGAUCAUAGUGGGAAGAACGAAACAGUGUUUAGAUUUCUCAUUGACUACGCAUGUGAUACAUUUCGUGACCUGUUGGAUUGUCAAUGGACAUUUACCGCACACCGUGUCAUGGUGGAUACUUAACCUGGUCGGAGUGACACUCAUGACAGUACUGGGAGAGUUCCUAUGCAUGAGAUCUGAAAUAAAGGCCAUUCCGCUAGGAAUGGGGUCAAAAGUUGACCUAUAAGGGGCAUAUAACAAAUGAGAAAAAAUAUUAACUGUGAUAACAUGUAGGGUUUGGCGGAUUUUGGUAAUACAUUUAAAAUAACCAUUUGGUCUGCAGAUAAUUAACUUUUUAUGAAAAAAAGACAAACUCAAAAAGCGCCAAAGGUUAUGAAACAAUUAAAUUGGAAUAUGAAAUUUUAAUAGGUAUCAAUUUAGUGCAAAAUCACGUUUGCUUUAACCCAAUUGUGAAAGAUAAAUACAUUAACUUAUAAGUCUCCUACUGGUUUCACCGGAGGGGACUUAUGGUUUGCGCUCCGUCUGUCAGUCCGUCUGUCUGUCACACUUUUUGGGAUCCUGCGAUUACUUUAAAAGUUCUUAAUAUUUUUUCAUGAAACUUGAAACAUGGAUAGAUGGCAAUAUGGACAUAAUGCACGUCAUUUCAUUUUGUUCCAACGGCAAUAAUUCUUGUUGCUAUUGCAACAAAUAGACUAGAAAUACUGCUGAAAAUGUAGGUUUUCUGGAUCCUGAGAUAACUUUAAAAGUUCUCAUUAUUUUUUCAUUAAACUUGAAACAUGGAUAGAUGGCAAUAUGGACAUUAUGCACGUCAUUUCAUUUUGUUCCUACGUCAAAAAUUCUGGCAACAAAUAUUUUAAAAAAAUAUUCCGACAAUGGUGGAAUUUCGGACAAUGGUGGAGCUGGUAGGGGACUUUUAUUGCUUGGCAAUAGUCUUGUUUAAAUAUGUGUUCAUAAUGUACAUAUUGUUUGUGAGUUUCUUGUGUUACUAUAAAUCUUUGUCCAUGUUAACACUUACUUGCAAAUGGUCACUACAAUUGCAAAGAUUAUUUAAAGAACCAGAGGACAUUCAUUCUGGACACAUUUUCAUAUUCUGGAAAUUGUUCCAUGAAUAUUUGACUCAUUGUUGUUUCAAACCUUGUUUUAAAUCAAGUCAUGUCAAGGAUCAUGCUAAUCUGUUUAAAAAAGAAGAAUUUUCAAACAUUCAAUUUUAGCUCACCUGAGGGAUAGCUCGAGGUGAGCUAUUGUGAUCACUCAGCGUCCGGCUGGCCGUCCGUCCGUCUGUCUGUAAACAAUUUGUAAACAUCUUCUUCUACUAAACCAUUGAGCCAAUUUCAACUAAAUUUCAUGUGGAGCAUCCCUAGGUCAUGGGACUUUCAAAAAUCUUCCACAUUUUUUGUCCAAUCCUUUCCAAAUUUGCACAGUGUCUUUAUAUCAAUGAGGACACGAACCCUACAAAAAAUGAGCAUUAUUGGUCCAUGAAGUACAGAAUUACCUCCCCUUGAAUUGAGAAAAUGGUGUUUAUGCAAUGAAGUCCAAAUUUUUCAUCCAAUUCUUUCCAAACUUGUAAGGAUUUAGCAUGGUUCAAACAAGGGAAACAACUACGGUUCAUGCAUGUUCUUUUUAUUACAGAUUUGCCUCCCUUUAAUUCAUUCAAAAUCUCAUUUUACAGCAGAGAUUCCAAAUCUGACCUGUAAAUGGGCCCCAUAUUUACUGCCAGUGCUAGGUUACCUUUUCCCAUUUGAUCAUUCUUAAGUAUUGGUCUUGUAAUGCUGCUACUGCUUCUGCUUCUGCUACUACUACUACUACUACUACUACUACUACUACUACUACUACUACUACUACUUCUACUACUACUACUACUACUUCUACUACUACUACUACCACUACUACUACUACUACUACUACUACUACUACUACUACUACUACUACUACUACUACUACUACUACUACUACGACUACUACUACUAGUACUACUACUACCAACACCACCAC